AUGGAUUCCAGCUCACAUAAAUUCUAUCCUGUUGAUGGCUUUGAUUCUAGAGAACAUCUGGAAAUAUUUUUUUCUAACAAACAAGAAAUGGGAUUUGGAGAUGAUAUAGUGAAAUUUCCAAUUGAAUGUUUACACCGUGCUUUCAGUAAGGGUCACAUUAAGGGAGAUCUUUUGAUUGACAUCAGUGUUGGAUCCUUCAUUCAUCAUCUCUAUACAGCCAGUGGAUAUUACAAACAGAUCCUUGUGCUGAAGUGUUCUGAGCAAUGUAUUAUGGAGCUGAACAAAUGGAUUAAUACACAUACCGGAGCGUUUGAUUGGUCUCACAUACUGGAAUAUAUUAAAUGUCUAGAAGGAAACAGUGACCUGUGUCAGGACAAACAAAUGACAUUGAAGACAGCAAUAACAAAGAUCAUGAAAUAUGACACUGACAAAGAGAAUCUCACAGACCCUGAGGUGCUCCCACCAGCAGACUGUGUCAUCAGUGCAUGGAUGUUUGAAACCAUCUGCAAAAACCAGGGUGAUUUUAUAAGGAAUUUCCGGAACUUUGUGAAGCUACUAAAACCUGAUGGAUACCUGAUACUGGUGGGGGGUUUAAAUGUAACUUAUAUGAAGAUUAGACAGGACAAGAUGCAUGUGUUCAAAUAUGAUGAGAACUUUGUAAGAAAAGUUCUCACUGAUGAAGGGUUUAUUAUUGACAACUGUACAGUCCACAAAAGAACAGCAGUGAGUGACAUUAUAGACUAUGAGGCAAUUUCUUUCAUCAUAGCUCACAGAGAGUAA